GCUCUCGCUCUCCCACCCCUCACCACCCCACCACCACCACCCCCAGCGCGCCGCGAGUGGAGACGCCGCGGCUCCGUGCCGCUCCGGCCCAACCCAGGAGUGUCCGUGUUCGGUCAAAACCCACCGCGCGAGCGCCCCAGGCCAAACCCCGCUACAAAUCUCAGCUCGCGCGUUCACCGUAUCCGCUCGCUCGACGGCCCGUGACGACGACACGGGCACGGCGGUGGUGGUAGCUAGCGAGCGGCUAGCUACGGAGUACUAGCCAGCCACCGGAGGGACGAGGGAGGGGGGAGGUGGCGAUGGGGGACGAGUCGGACGGGGAGGCGGAGGAGUACCUGUUCAAGGUGGUGAUCAUCGGGGACAGCGCGGUGGGGAAGAGCAACCUGCUGUCCCGGUACGCCCGGAACGAGUUCAGCCUCCACUCCAAGGCCACCAUCGGGGUGGAGUUCCAGACGCAGAGCAUGGACAUCGACGGUAAGGAGGUCAAGGCCCAGAUCUGGGACACCGCCGGCCAGGAGCGCUUCCGCGCCGUCACCUCCGCAUACUACCGCGGCGCCUUCGGCGCGCUCCUCGUCUACGACAUCUCCCGACGCUCCACCUUCGACAACGUCGGCCGCUGGCUCCAGGAGCUCAACACACACUCCGACACUACGGUAGCCAAGAUGUUGGUAGGCAACAAGUGCGACCUGGAUAACAUCCGCGAAGUGCCCGUCGAGGAAGGCAAGGCGCUGGCGGAAGCCGAAGGCCUGUUCUUCAUGGAGACGUCGGCUCUGGACGCCACGAACGUGAGGACGGCUUUCGAGAUCGUCAUCAGGGAGAUCUACAGCAGCGUGAGCCGGAAGAUCCUGAACUCGGAUUCUUACAAGGCCGAGCUGUCCCUCAACAGGGUAAGCAUCGACGGCGACUCCAAAGAUGACAAGAAGCAGACGAGCCGGUUCGGGUGUUGCUAGGGGGUUGGGGUAGUGGUACAUUAUUGGAUUGGAAUUUAACCAGAAAUGAUGCUCUCAUUUUUUUUCUUUUUGGCUUGCUUGUAAAACUGUAAUCCAAUGUCUGAGUUUUUGUUUGGUGUUACAUUACACCCGUGUUACAGACUGCAAAAGAAGAGAGAAUAGUUGUUUACUGGAGUUUGCGAACCGCGUUGCGCUCUUACUGUCAGGUUUUGUAAAAUGAUGUUUGGUGCUCCAA